AUGGCUCGUCGGAACGACGACACGGAUGACGUCGAUUUGCUUUCAUCGCGUGUAAGCGGCGUCCAGCUACUACUUCCACGACGAGACGAGGAUGACAUAACGUCAAAUCGAGAGCAAAGAACUAGCAGUGCAAUUCCGAAAGAACGCAAAGGGGGUUUAUUGUUAGCGGCUAGAAGUUCUCACGCCGUCUGUCCAGAUAAUGCAAAAAAGGAACUGGGUCCAGUUAUCCUAAAUAAGGAUGCAGUCAUGGUAGACGGGGUGAAAUUAAUUAGUGACAGUAUGGACGUCUGUGAACAAAUGUUGGAGUUUCUUAGCCAUGAGAAUAACAACUAUAAUAUAUUUUCUGCCAUCGGUCCCCAAGGUGCUGGCAAAUCAACUAUCCUGAGCAUGAUUGGGGGAAAUAAUUCACAAGACAUGUACAGACAGUACAUUUUCCGCCCGGCCUCCCGCGAAGCAUUGGAGAGCUCUCGUCAUCAAACUACAAAAAUUCAUGCUUAUGUCACGAAGUCUAAGCAGAUCUUUCUUGACUGCCAGGCCUCCAAUUGUGCUUCUGUGCUGGAAGAAACCCUGAGAUAUAGUCGGUCACCUCUGACAGAUGGACGUUAUGCCAUAAAUAAUUACAUCGAGGUAUCAUUACUAUAUAUAACGCGCUUGCGUCUGUCUUUCUGUCACGGAAUUACCUGA